UGUCCCUUGGACACAGAGGAUCACCGAUCAACGGAAAGAGCUGAAGAUGUCGGCUCGGUCAUGUGAUCAGCUGUGUCCAAUCACAGAGGGGACAUGUACACUGAUGAUCAGGCACUGAUGAUCAGCGUGCCCUGAUGAUCUGUGUAGCCCCAGCAGUGCCACCUGUCAGUGUCCAUCAGUGCCAGCUUUCAGUGUUCAUCAAUGUCACAUUUCAGUGCCUACCAGUGCACAUCAAGGUCACCUAUCAGUGCACAUCUGAACUGCCUAUCAGUGCCGCCUGUCAGUGCCACCUAUCAGUGCCAUAUGAGUGCUGCCUUUCAGUGCCACCUACCAGUGCCUCCUCAUCAGUGCCCAUCAGUGCA